AUGAAGGGGAGAAAACCUGCAGGCCCAGAACUAGAAGGACCGGGCAGAGCAGGAAAAGCCUCCAGGGCAGUUCAGCUGGAAUAUGCGACAGACCGACCAGGAUGGGACUCAUUGCAAGAGGUCAAAGGGGAACCAUCCAGGGGGAUGCAAGAGCGCUGGGAAGCCCAAUGGCAGGAGUUCCUGAGGACACUGCAGCCCCUUCACACAGGAGGGGGAAGCCAAGGGAUGUCAGAGACGGCACCAUGUGAAGAUGCCAAGGCUUUCCUGGCCUCCUUUGAGCAAGUGGCCAAGGCCCUCCGGUGGCCGAGUGGAGAGUGGGCGGCCCGGCUCCUGCCAGCCCUCAGUGGGGAAGCAGAAGAGGCCUUUCGGAGCCUGGAAGCCAGAGAUCAGGAGGACUAUGGGAAAGUGAAGGCGGCCAUCUUGCGAGGGGAAGCCCUGAGGAUGGAGGCGCAGCGCCAGCACUUCAGGCAAUUCUACUGCCAGGAGGUCAGAGACCCCCGAAGGAUUCACAGCCAAGUCCAGGAGCUUUGCCGGCAGUGGCUGAAGCCGGAGAGACACAGCAAGGAGCAGAUCCUGGAGCUGCUGAUCCUGGAGCAGUUCCUGGCCAGCCUGCCAGUGGACCUCCAGGGCUGGAUCCGGGCAGGAGGGCCGGACACCUGUUCCCAGGCUGUGGCCCUGGCCGAGGACUUCCUCACAAGAAAGAAAGGGGCUGUGACAGCGGCCUGGCAGGGGCCGCUGAAGGAGGAGUUUGAAGAACCGUCAGAUCCUGUGAAGGGACAGAUCUGUAAAGAACCUGAGCAAAACGGUGAUGCUACUUUUGUGAUUGUGCGAUGCUUGGACUAG